AUGGACCAGUGUACUCAUGUUGGUACACCUAUGGAAACUGGGUGUAAGCUGGUUAAGGUUGAUGAUUCUCCACUUGUUGAUCAAAGUAAAUAUCGGUCUAUGGUAGGAAGCUUGCUCUAUCUCACUGCUUCUAGACCUGACUUAAUGCAAGCGGUUUGUUUGGUCUCACGCUAUCAGUCUGCUCCUAGACAAUCUCAUUUAAAUGCAGUAACAAAAAUUUUUAAAUACAUCCAAGGUACUCUGGAUUUUGGUUUAUGGUAUCCAAAACAUGGUGAUUUUACAUUGAUAGGGUAUACUGAUGCUGACUGGGGAGGUUGUAUUGAUGAUCAACGAAGUACUAGUGGUGCAGCUUUCUUCCUUGGUGACCGGCUGGUUUCUUGGCACAGCAAGAAGCAAGACUGUGUCACUCUGUCCACAGCUGAAUCUGAGUAUAUUGCUGCCACAGCUUGCUGUACUCAAAUGCUUUGGAUGUCUUAUCAGUUGGCAGAUCUGGGUGUUUUUUUACGUGAUCAAGUGACUGCAAAUGAAAUCAUUCUUGUUCAUGUGUCCUCCCAGGCACAAGUUGCAGACAUUUUUACCAAAGCUUUACCAAAGGAUACAUUCAUGCGGCUGCAUGAUCGUUUGGGAGUUUACUCUCAAUCUUUUAUUUCAACUUAA